UCACUGAACUCGGCUUAUUUUAUUUAGUCCAGACACGUGGCGUGGCGUUUGAAGACCGUAUGUGGGCGGAAGACUUUGCAUACAGACACUAACUGGGAAUACCACCGUUUCAUAACCAAGGGUUGUUGUUGCACACCCUUGCAACGAGGCGCGGGUAAUGACAUUUGCAGCAGUAAGGUCACUCACUGACACUGUAUAGCGCAACCUGCCUUGGGCUGUUAUACUUGGUAUCAAGAAAAGUGGGCCACUCACAGUGCUGUAUAAAGGCUGUUGAAUUCGGCUGAUUGCUCGACACGCAUACUUGUAUACUUGUAUAUAUUUUUUCUCACCAAAGCCGAGCUGCAGGAUGGUCAGAUCAGCUGUGAUUUAGGCUACACAACGUGCAUGAUGCCCCUAUGCUUCCUACGUGAGAUUUAAAUAGUCCUUCAGAUAUUAUAUUAAGAAUAUUGCUGCAGGGAAUGAAACGUUUUAUAUAGGACAGGCAUUCACAGGUCAUUAGCCUUUAAUUUUAGCAUUGUUCACCAGCAGGCUGAAAGAAGGUCAUCAUGCCGCCCGUCACUCUUCAUCACGUUGAGAUCGGAGUACACGAUGGACAGGCAGCUCUCCGGAAAUUUGUAAAUCAGUUUCAGUUUCGUCUGCGUGCAACGCGUGUCACCGAUUUCUGCAGUCAAUGGGUGGUGGAGAAAGGCAAGGCGCGUUUUCUGUUAACUGAGCUGAAAACAGACUUGUCGGAUCUAGCUACAAGGUGCAAGAACGAUAAUUAUACUUUUAUCUGGGAUCAGUCCAAAGUUUCUGGUAAAAGAGAUUCGAUUGACUCGGUAUUUAACAUAGCUUUGGAGGUGAGAGAUGUUAAUAGAUGUUUGAAUCGCGUGGUUGGUGGUGGUGGUACCCUCGUUCGCCCCCUCAAGAACAUUGCAUCCCCGGAGGGUGACGUCCAGUUAGCCAUGGUGAAGUCUUGUGUUGGUAACACUGUCCAUUCUGUCAUCAGUUCACGUGACUACAAGGGGCAGUUUUUACCGGGUUUCGUCGCAUACCCGUGUGAAGAGGAUCCAUCAGCAGUGAAUGCCUCUUUCAUUGACAUUACCCAUAUUGACCACGUCACGCUAGCCUGCUGGCCAGAACGAUCUGGGACUGUACUGCAAUGGUAUGAAGAUUGCUUCGGCAUGAAACGCUUUCUCAUUAACAGCGACGAAACGGAAAGUAGUGGGUUCGUGGUGGAGCAUGGUGAUUUAGGAGUCCGACUGAAGGCGUUCGAGUACUGGCAGUGUGCGGAGAUCGGUCUACAGUGGGAUAGUGCCAACUCCGAAAGUUCCAAAGUGAAGUUUGUCAUCGCAGAGUCAUUGAAGUCAGACACGCCAGACCAGUUGAACGUGUUCUUGACGGAACAUGGUGGGGAGGGCAUUCAGCAUAUUGGUCUACACACACCGGAUAUCGUCCGCACCGUGUCCCGCCUUCAGGCAAACGGAGUAGAGUUCACCGAACCGCCUUUCACAUACUACACAGAGGUGGGCAAACUGAACGAAAUCCACGAGAUAGGAGAAAACGUGGAAGAAUUAAAGAAGAAUGGAAUUCUGUUGGAUAAAGAAUCCCACGAAGAAACUAAUGGGAAGCCUGUCAGGUACUUGAUGCAAAAAUUUACCAAGCCCUUGUUUUCUCAGCGGACUUUUUUCAUAGAGGUCAUUCAGCGCGUGCGUGCCACAGGAUUUGGUGCAGGCAAUAUCACAGCUCUCUGGCAGUCAGUACAGGCGUACUUAGCAGCAACAGCCAGUGAUGACCGGGAUUUCACAACGUUUCCACCAUACAAUACCCCAGAGAAAUAAGGCCUUCAUAUGGCUGACGCAAAGAGGAAACCAUCUUCUCUUGAGAAUCUUUCGGUGCGCACGUCAAAAAUACAGACAUGACGAUUUGGUUAUCAUUUUGUGUUUGGAUGGAAAGCAUUAGUGCUUCAAAGUGCUAUAUAUAUAUAUAGCUGGAAGAAUAGAGAUCUGUUAUCAUGACAUCAGUGUCACUCUGGUACCAUGGUGUUAGCAUUACUUGCACAGGAUCGCCACAUGUUCUCUGACAGGAUGAAUGGGUACCACAGUGACCAUGGUACACCAGUUUGGAUUAAUCAAGCUAAACGGGCCAUAUCUCUAGUACAGAUCUGUACUAGCUCUAUGUCGCAAACCAUAAAAUUUCAAAGAUACUUUAAUGUCACACUACCAAAUUUAAAAGGCACAGAUGAAGGUCACACAACCAAAUUUUCAAAGUGACACUACCACUCUUCAAGGUCAAACUACCACUAAGGUGACCUCUCACACACAACGUGAGGGCAUGUUACUAAUUCUGACAAACUUGUAAUUCACUUGUAACACAACCAGUUCUUGGUCAAACUGCCGCAGCAGGGCAUACAUUCGCUAUAACCAGUAACACUACAAUAUGCAGGUACAUGUGACUUUGACAGUCAUAGUCACAUGUAUCCCUGUAUGCAAAGCCGUAAGUUAAACUACAGAAUAACUAAGGAUGAACUAAGUGCUUCUCCAGUUUGCAUAUCUCUAACAAACCUACAUGCACAGUGCUAAAUUUUAUAAGCUAACUCCUAGUUCAUAUGUGGGAUGAGAAGAUAUUACCAGAAGACCAUUACCUGGAAAUAUGCAACUUCCCUAUAGCUAGUCUCCACGGCUCAGUACACACGUUACACCAUCUGUAGAAGCUCGCGCCACCAGGUGGAGAAAUAUGCCAACCUCAUGGGUGGAAAUUGUGAGCGGAAUCAUGGAAAGUCGAAUUGUAAACGGCUGCUACAAGAACUCGUUACACCUUGGAAUCGAAACGAUUUCGAAAAUUAAUGUUGGUAUGCAGUUAUAAAUUCAUUGACUAUUUUUAUAUUUCCAAGCAAACCUCUAAAACAAUAACUAUCCAAGACAUUGUUGUCCUUUUACAAAACUCUCCCAUGUAUUUUUUUUAAGUCUGUUUCUACAUAACCGCGUUUAGAUCCCACCAUGCAUCAGCCAUUUCUCAAACGUUAGCUGCGCAAUAGAGAAAAAAAUACAUGGCUGCACAUCACGUCACAUAAUGCGUUAGAGCUGGAAGAAAAGUGUACGGAGCCGUAGAGACAAGCUAUCGGGAAGUUGUAUACUUUAAGGUAAUGGGCUUCUGAUAUUACUUAUAUACCGCAAGCAAGAAAUGCACGCUUUUGAAGCGUCAUUGUACCUGGGGGAGAACUUCUAAAGGCUACCCAAAAGACUUUGAAGCACCGUUUACGUCUUCAAAAGACCAUAGCACUUUUUUAAACAAGGGUGGGUGUUUUAGUUUAAGGUUUUUCUAAUCAGCAGUAUUUAUAUCAGAGGUCUUGUUGGUUUACUUCUUUCACACGAGGAGAAUCUCCUAUAAGAGGUGGUGGCAAAUGACACCAUUUACACAAGACAUACACGUGGACACUUGCGAGAAGGAAUUUGAAUAUGUGUUUCAUUUGUAUCGUUAUGCUAACGAAAAUGAGUUAGGUGAUUAAAUGAAUAUCGGGAUAAGGGUCAGCAAGUUUGUGGGAAUAUUUUUUCCCUGCUUGUGUUAUAAUCAGAAUAAUAUGAUGAGUGUCAUUUGGGUCAAGAGCCUGGAGGCAGAUUGAAUUUUGCAUUAUGUCUUUUCCCAUCACCUGAAAACCCAUUAAGUGUGUUCUGUUGAAGUGUAUACAUCUUUAGAGUGAAAUCACUUGUGCUUAAUGUUGAACUAUAAAAAUGCGUCAUAGACGUAUGGCAAAAAUUUCAUUGAACGAUGACCUCCGUUUAAAGUUGAAAG